GUUAGCUUCAGUUUUAGCUUGAAUCUCGUUGAGUGCGCAAGUGAAUUAUAGAGGCACUAAGAAAGCAAAUAUUUGAACUAAAAUUUCAAUUGUAUUAUUAGUGUAAUAACAGAAAAGAAAACAAAAAAAUGCCUGAAAUCAACACUCCCGACAAAUUGGAAUACCAAUUCCACCCGGUCUCUGGCGGUGUGUUCACAUUUAAGGUGCGUGCCGCGCACGAUGCCCAUUUGGCGUUGACCGCCGCCCCCAUGGAAUCCGAUCCCAUGUAUGAGGUGUUCAUUGGUGGCUGGGAGAAUACCAAAUCGGUGAUCAGAAAGGAUCGCCAAAAGCCCGAUGUUGUGGAAGUGCAUACACCUGGCAUUUUGGAAGCUGGUGAAUUCCGCGGCUUCUGGGUGCGUUGGUACGACAAUGUCAUUACUGUGGGUCGUGAGGGUGAGGCGGCAGCCUUCAUGUCGUACGAUGCACAAAAUUUGUUUCCCAUCAACUUCGUGGGCGUAUGCACCGGUUGGGGUGCCAGUGGCACUUGGCUGAUUGAUGACGUUCAACAAGCCAGCGCUCCCGUCUUGGGUUUCGCUCCACCAUGCGGCAGCGGUCCAGGCUGUUGGGUACCAGCUGCCAAUGGCACCAUUCCACCCAGCGCGGUGGAGGGUGGUUUCGAUGGCAGCGAACAAUUGUACAUUGGGCGCGCCCGUCACGAGGGUGACCUCAUUCCCGGCAAAUUGCAUCCUUCACAUGGUGUUUGUUACGUCGCCUGGGGUGGCGGCGAACACGGACACGCCGAAUACGAAGUUUUGUGCUCGGGUGGCGGCCAAUGGGUGCCCGUACAUGAUGGCAACAUUCCACCAAACGCCUUCCCUGGUGGCGAAACCGCCGGAGGCGAACCCUUAUUCAUUGGCCGCGCCACACAUGACGGCACCAUUACUGUGGGCAAAGUACAACCUACGCAUGGAUGCUGCUACAUUCCGUAUGGCGGUGAGGAAGUGGCCUACAAGGAAUUUGAAAUUUACGUUGCGGCCUAAAUGGAGUAAACCACACUUCGACGGUUAGGAUAUCCAUGGCAACACGCGCGUUUAAAAAUCAGGCAUAAAAAUAUAAUUAAGAUGAAAGCAAAAAGUAACUGCAUCCAAUAUGUAAAGUACAUAUGUAGAAGCGCACAAACUGCACUCAAUUAAGCGGUUGAUGAUUAUUAAGAAACUCGAAUAUAUGUGCAUGGCUUUGUUGAUUGGUCGAAUUGUAUUUGAAGAAGUA